UUACAGGCGCAGAGCAUCGUAGCGCCAAGCGCGUAUAUUUCAACGGCGACGGUGUUGCUGCAUUUAGUGCUGAGUUGGCUCGUCAUUUACAAGCUCGGUCUCGGUCUUCUAGGCGCAUCCCUUGUUCUCAGCCUUUCCUGGUGGAUUAUAGUGGUGGCGCAGUUCGUCUACAUUAUAACAAGCAGUAGGUGCCGGCUCACCUGGACCGGCUUCAGUUGGCAGGCCUUUUCCGGUUUGCCGGUCUUUCUGAAGCUGUCAACGGCUUCGGCGGUCAUGCUGUGCUUGGAGACGUGGUAUUUCCAGGUGCUGGUGCUCAUCGCUGGGCUGCUUGAGAACCCGGAGCUUGCGCUCGAUUCGCUCUCCGUCUGGUGAGUGGUUUAUGGUUGAACCGGAAACGGUUCGGUUCUGUUGGACCGGAGUUUGGUAUGAAUUGAAUUGAGUGACCGGCAUGGGAGUGCUU